AUGGAGGCUGUGCGGGCCACGAUUACGCACCGCACAGGCAUCGCGCAGACGCGGAUGCUGAGUCGCGAGGAAAUGGAUAAUGACGCAUAUCGGUUCAAGGCGGCGCUGAGUGAUAUCCGGACGGGCCACUCGGUGCGGUCGAGACGGGACGGCGUGGCGCUGCGUGCGGCGGCGAGCGCGAUCCGGCGCGAAGUGGACGGGUUGGAGCAGAAGAUCAAGGAGGACAUCGGGGUGAUGCGGCACGACAUCGAGAUCGAGACGAACAACCGCAAGGCUGAGACGCGGAGCGACAUGAAGAGGUUCGACAUUGCGCGCGAAGAGAUCAAUAACAAGUUUACGAUAUCGCUCGGGGACCUCAGAACCGAGAUCGAGGGGGCUAAAUGGGACGCGACGCGGCGCGCCAUUGCCAUCAUCCUCACGCUCGUUAUUAUCGGCGUCGUCCUCUCAAGUAUGGGGAGCAAGCCGGCUGUGCCUGUGCCCCCGGCGAAGCCGGCGAUGGUGGAUGCCGGCGUGGGUCCGGAGGAUGAGGACGGGCUGAAGGAGGCCGAGGAGGAGCUGGACCGGUUGUUGAGCGAGGUGGAGGAGCGGAAGAGGCGGCAGGUUGGGCGGCACGAGGCGGAGGGGAGAAUCUAG